AUGGUCCAUGACUCCACUCGGUGUGUGUGGCCCCCAAAGCUGUUUAGUCUCUCCUCUGAGUUUAUCACAAACCCGCUGUCACAGCUCCCUUCUCCUCUGCCCUGUCUGUCUGUCUCUCUCUGUCUCCCAUCCGCUCCUCUGCCCUGUCUGUCUCUCUCUGUCUCCCAUCUGCUCCUCUGCCCUGUCUGUCUUGCUGUCUCCCAUCCGCUCCUCUGCCCUGUCUGUCUCUCUCUGUCUCCCAUCCGCUCCUCUGCCCUGUCUGUCUCUCUCUGUCUCCCAUCCGCUCCUCUGCCCUGUCUGUCUUGCUGUCUCCCAUCCGCUCCUCUGCCCUGUCUGUCUCUCUCUGUCUCCCAUCCGCUCCUCUGCCCUGUCUGUCUCUCUCUGUCUCCCAUCCGCUCCUCUGCCCUGUCUGUCUCUCUCUGUCUCCCAUCCGCUCCUCUGCCCUGUCUGUCUUGCUGUCUCCCAUCCACUCCUCUGCCCUGUCUGUCUCUCUCUGUCUCCCAUCCGCUCCUCUGCCCUGUCUGUCUCUCUCUGUCUCCCAUCCGCUCCUCUGCCCUGUCUGUCUCUCUCUGUCUCCCAUCCGCUCCUCUGCCCUGUCUGUCUCUCUCUGUCUCCCAUCCGCUCCUCUGCCCUGUCUGUCUUGCUGUCUCCCAUCCACUCCUCUGCCCUGUCUGUCUCUCUCUGUCUCCCAUCCGCUCCUCUGCCCUGUCUGUCUUGCUGUCUCCCAUCCGCUCCUCUGCCCUGUCUGUCUCUCUCUGUCUCCCAUCCGCUCCUCUGCCUUGUCUCUCCCUCUGCAGUUUGGUGCCUGAGUGGAGUCUAGCUUCUCAGCUGACUCCACUCAGGCAAUCAACCACCUCUACGACUCCCGGACAGCUGACAAUCAUCUACCUGAUUACACCCCUCAACAAUAAGUACCGGCUCAGCCUUCCACUCGCUGCCAGAGUAUUGAACAAGAACCAUGCAUCAGCUGUCCGGGAUCUCCCGCCAUCCUCCUUUCCCUCCGGCUCUCCCCGACAAGUCUUCACCGGUUUCCCCUGCCUGGACCCCCACUCCUGCCUGGACCCCCACUCCUACACCCUGGAUUUCCCCCCCUUCGUUCCAUUAUUCACCCCUCUACAAUAAACACUUUCAUUCCA